ACAGAAAGAACUGAAGGGGGUGGAGGGAGCAGAGCCACGGUUUGGGGGGGCUGCCGAGGCUCUGGAGACGAGAGGGCCAGGAGUCCGCUUCCACCAAGAGCCCCCUUCACUCCUGCAGCUGGGAAAGUUUUUCCCAGCCUCUGUCCUCCCCUGGGGAGAGGUCAAAGGAGCCGUUUGGGUGGGAAAAGAGAAUGGAGGAAGUUGACAGGGAUGGGCGGGGCCCGUGGGGGGGCUGACCAGGAACCCAGCUUCCUGCUCAGUACCCGGGCGUCCAGCCCCCAGCUCACCCCCACCCCUUCCAGCCCCCACUCCCCUCAGGAACCCAAGGUUCCUGCCCUCUGCCGGAUCCCAGCCACCCCUCCCCCAAAGGUUUCUCCCCUCCAGGGCAUGGAGGCGGAGAGACCCCAGGAAGAACAGGAUGGUGAGCAGGACUCCGCUCAGGAUGAACAGAGCUGGCCACCUCUGAACUCCACCCCUCGGCCUUGGCGAUCUGCUCCUCCAUCCCCUCCUCCUCCAGGGACCCGCCACACAGCCCUGGGGCCGCGCUCGGCCUCCCUGCUCUCCCUGCAGACUGAGCACCUUCUGGACCUGGUGGCCGAGGCCCAGUCCCGCCGCCUAGAGGAGCAGAGAGCCACCUUCCGUGCUCCCCAGAACCCCCCGGCGCUAGCAGCCCCCCCAUCCCGGCCUCUGGAAGACAGAGAACAGCUCUAUAGCACCAUCCUCAGUCACCAGUGCCAGCGGAUGGAGGCCCAGCGGUCAGAGCCUCCCCUCCCUCCUGGGGGACAGGAGCUCCUGGAGUUGCUGCUCAGAGUUCAGGGUGGCGGCCGCAUGGAGGAGCAACGUUCCCGGCCCCCCACACACACCUGCUGAGGCUUGAGCCUCUCAUCGGCCUGCACUCAUUCCUGGGGCGAUGCACUGCCUGCCCUCCACCCUGCUUGGCACAGGUGCCAGAGACUGGAAGCCCCAGCAGACACCUCAAUAUUCAUCACCCUCCUCACCGUCCCUGGGAACCAGAGGGGGUGAAAGUCCUCAAACCUGGGGAAUAGGCAAGGUAGGCUGGGCCUUCAGCAAGAGGAGGCCAGCGGCCCAUCUCACAGAGGCGCUGGGAGUGGCUGCCCUGCCUUGUCUCCUGCCACCAGCCACCAGCCACAGUGCAGGCCUGAGGGCUCAGGCCUCCUCCUCCCAGGGAAAGGCAAAUCUCCCAAGAUUAUGACCUGAGAGCCAGCCCUACCCUCCGCGCUGGCAAGGAGAAAGGGAGGGGGGCAGCGGUGAAGACACUGAAACCUGUCCACCACCCCCCCCACCACCCCCAAGACUGAGGCUUAGAGGCCGUGGGUGGACCUUUAGCCCUGCCCCACCCCCUCCCCACCGCUGCUCUGAGUCUGUGUGGAGUUUUGGUUUUAUGAAUAAAUGUGAUUCC